AUGGAUGCUUUCAGUGAACCUGGUAAGAUAUGUGCUGCAUAUAGACCUCAUGUGUCUUCUGUAGUUGAAGAAUAUAAACAGUGUGAAAGGUCUUUCACUGAGAAGACACACCUUAUUCUCCCUCAGAGAACACAAACAGGAGAGAAUCCUUAUGAAUGUAACAUGUGUGAAAAGAUUUUCACAUGUAAGGCAUAUCUUACUGUCCACCAGAGAAUCCACACAGGAGAAAAACCAUAUGAAUGUAAUGUGUGUGGAACGUCUUUCGCUCAGAAUUCACACCUUACUGUCCACCAGAGAAGACACACAAGAGAGAAACCUUUUGAAUGUAACAUUUGUGAAAUGUCUUUCACCUGUAAGUCAAGCCUUACUAUCCACCAGAGGACACACACAGAAGAGAAACCUUAUGAAUGUAAUGUGUGUGGAAAGUCUUUCACCCGGAAGCGAAACCUUACUGGCCACCAGAGAACACACACAGGAGAGAGACCUUAUGAAUGUAACGUGUGUGGAAAGUCUUUCACCUGGAAGACAAACCUUACUGUCCACCAGAGAACACACACAAGAGAGAAACCUUAUGAAUGUAACAUGUGUGGAAAGUCUUUUUCUGGCAAGCCAGGCCUUACUGGCCACCAGCGAACACACAUAGGAGAUAAACCUUAUGAGUGUAACAUGUGUGAAAAGUCUUUCACCUGGAAGUCAAACUUCAUUGUCCACCAGAGAACACACACAGGAGAGAAACCUUAUGAAUGUAACACAUGUGGAAAGUCUUUCACCCGGAAGGCAUACCUUACUUUCCACCAGAGAACACACAGUGGAGAGAAACCUUAUGAAUGUAACUUGUGUGGAAAGUCUUUCUCCAAGAAGGUACAAUUUACUGUCCACCAGAGUACACACACAGGAGAGAGACCUUAUGAAUGUAACUUGUGCGGAAAGUCUUUUACCUGGAAGUCAUCGUUCACUGCCCAUCAGAGAACACACACAGGAAAGAAACCUUAUGAAUGUCAUAUGUGUGGAAAGUCUUUUAGACAGCAGGUAUACUUUACUCUCCACCAGAGAACACACACAGGAGAAAAACCUUAUGAAUGUACCAUUUGUGGAAAUUCUUUCACCCAGAAGUCAAACCUUACUUGCCACCAGAGAACACACACAAGA